GUCAAAUCGAGCAGACCUGUGUCGCUCCGUAGAGCGAGUUCCCCCAAAUAAAAAAAGAAUUAUACGAAAUACCGCCUGUGUUAGGAGCAGAAAAAAGAAUAAUUUUAAACCAACAUACACAAUCAGUUAGUUUCCACCGACAGUCCGCAGAAACCAUUCGACGGCAACGGAACGGGCGCGCGAUUGUCGGCAAUCCGAAAGAUAGCCAAAUAUUAUUGUUCAGACACACAGAGGGCGUUGAUAAAAGAUCACCCAGACAACUGAAGAUCGAGCCGAGUGUUUUGAAAUCAGUGAGAUUCUGUGUGAAAAGUCGGUUCAAUUAAUUCGAAAUAAAUAAAAGAGUACCCAGCGAAUUUCACCAGCUGGAGUAAACGAAGUGACCCACCGAACAAAUCGAACCCAACCAAUGCAAUCAAUCGAUAGAUCGAUCGUGUAAAAGGACUUUCGGUUUCGUUAAGAGUGUGCGGCAAAGUGCCGGAUUUGUGAUUCCCCCGGCAAACGAGGACUUUUUGCGGAAUAAAUCCAAGAAAACAGCAGUGGCAACAAUAACAACAUCAGCCGGAGCAUCGUCAUAGAUUUUGGCUCUCCUAAAGCAACAACUUCUGUCUGCACUUGGUAUAUGUACUUAAAUAUAUAUACUUAUCUAUACGCACAGAUAUAUAAAACAAAAACGAUCGAUUCUCGUGCCCGCGCGUGUGACUGUGUGCGUUCCCAUGUUGCAUAUAUAUAUGCACAAAAAUAUAUACAUAUAUAUAUAUCUCUAGAGCCGACUGUUGCGACGACUUUUCUAUAUAAUCGGCUAGUGAGCACGCAGACAUCGAAAAGGUGCACAACUACAACCAAACAGAUGCGGGUAUAUAUGUAUAUGUAUUGCAUAUAUAUCUAGCCAAAGCCAAAGUAGAAGAUAUAUAUGCGUAUAAGCUGAACGCGGCGCACUCUGCUCUGUUUUUUCUUUUAUAAUUACUUUUGUCUAAAAUUAGAAGACGUGUGUGUUGUGUGUGCCCCGUCCGUGUAUCCGUAUCCGUGAGAUACGCGUGAGUGUCCGCGUCUGCUAUAUCGCACAUCAUCAUCAUCAUCAACGUACACCAUCCUCAUCAUCAUCAUCAUCGUCAUCGUCAUCAGAGAUCACCAGAGAUCUGCGGCGGUGUGUGUGCCAGAAAAGACUACUCGUGAAUCAGACUACGGCUGCGACUACGACUACGACUACGGCUACGGCUAUAUAGGCGAGAGAUCGCGUAUACGGCCAGACAAACAUUAUCGUAUAUCUGGCGGCGAGGAUUACAAUUACAAGAGCAGCAAAAGCAACAGCAACAGCAAAAGCAGCCGAAGCUAAAGCCGAAUACGAAUACGAGUACAAACGAGCCCCAAUCCGAAUCCGAGUACGCAUCCGAACCCGAAUCGAGACGAUACGAUACGAUACGAAACGAUCGCGCGCGUGAAAAACCUCGUGAAGAAAAGCGCUACGAGAAAAGUGGGGGAAAAAUCAAACGCCACGCGACCUUAGGCCCGUCCAAUUGGGGGGGCGUGCAGCGGGGCGUGGCCGUGCGUCGACUCCUAGCGAUCGCUCAAGUGAAACGCGGCGAAAUUCUGGGCAGAUAACAAAAAAUGAGUCACCAAAAAAGCAGCAGCAGCAGCACUAGCAACAGCAACAACAGCAACAGCAACAACAUCAAACAACCGAGUGCGGCCAAGUGUUCAUAAAUUAAUGCUAGGAAUACAGUGUUGUGUUAGACCAGUCCGAAAGACACUAUCCCCCUCUCUCUCACCCUCGAACAGUCCGUCUCUCUCUCGCCCCUGCUGUCGCUCAAAAUGCUACGAAACUAUCGAAAGUAUUUGCAGGAUAAACGGAAAUACGACAAGCCACAACGACGAGGCAGCGAAGAAUACAUUUGUCACGUUUAGGCAGAUUGCAAGGACACAGGAUACACCAACCCCCCAGCAGCAGCAGCAACUUGCAGCAAUACGCAGCAGCAGCAACACGCAGCAGCAACACUCGCUAUCGAGAUUUUGUACAUAAAGUCGGGGCAAUAGCAACAACAACUUUGGAGGACGCCAUGUAUGCGCAACAUUUGCGCAAAUGGAGUCUAAAAACAAAAACGCAACUAAUGCCAUUGAUAUUGCUAAUUAUCAGCUACAUGUUGCUACUAAACACAUGUGUGUCGGCGACGACACAGCAGCAACAGCAGCAGCAGCAACAACAGCAACAGCCAAGAUUAUGGGAAGGCAGUGCCGAAGAAAGCAGCUACUAUAUACCACUGAGUUCGGAUAAUGGCAGCGGGAGCAGUGAAAGCAGCAGCAGCAGCAGCAACAUCGACAACAAUAUCUUAAGUAGGCUGCUCAGCCUCACCAGCAAUAGUCUUAGUAGCCGUAGCAAUGUUAAGUUAGAGCCAGCAACAGUAUUCGACGCCGGCAGCAGUUCAGCCGCUCAGCAGGAGCAACAUGUUGCUGCCGUGCCAGAGCAGCAGCAGCAGCAACAGCAGCAGCAGCAGCAGUCAAUGCAAAAAGUUCCAAAUACGUUAAUCAAUAGUCAAAUAUAUAAUUUAUUAUACAAUGGCAUGCCCAGCGAGGCGGCGAGCAGUAAAAUGCGUCGUCACAUCCAACCAUCACAGCUGCAACAUCAGCAACAUCAACAGGAGAGUUUAGCCCGAUUGCCGAGCAACUACAGCAGUCGGGCGGUACAGAGCUAUCUGAUAGAGUCCUUCGAAGUGCCAGAUAGCCAGGCGGAGGAUCGCAGUCAGGAGCAGACGGCGCGAAGUCGGCGCGACGGGAGCAACACCAACGUCAGCCGGCAGCAACAUCGCCCCGGCCAUCGGCAACAGUUGCAGCAGGACAAGCGCGAUCAUCGCCGCCAGCGGCAGGAUCAAAGGAAGGAGCAGCAACAUCAGCACAGGAGCAACAACAACAACCAGCAGAAUAAGCAGCGCAGGAAGCACCAGCGGAAGCAUUGGGGUCACCAGCGAUCCGAACGCUACUGCUCCGCCCGGGAUCCCGCCCAGUUGGCCUAUGCGGCGCCCACCGUCUUCCAGGGCGUCUUCAAAUCGAUGUCGGCCGAUCGACGGGUCAACUUCUCGGCCACCAUGAAGGUGCAGAAGGUGUACAAGCAGCAGCAUGACCUCCAGUUGCCCACGCUGGUGCGAUUGCAGUUCGCGCUGAGCAACAACAGCGGCGAGUGCGACAUCUACAGGGAGCGAUUGUUGCCGCGGGGCCUGCUCCGGUCCGGAAACGAUCUGCAGCAGGCCUCGGAUAUAUCCUACAUGAUGUUUGUCCAGCAGACGAACCCGGGCAACUUCACCAUCCUCGGCCAGCCCAUCAGGGUCACCCACUCGGUGGUGAAAUCGGUCAAAAUGGCUGUGAGCGAAAAUUAUGCACAGAACGCAUCGAUCACGUCGAUCACCUCGGUGCCGAAUAAUACCACCAUCGAGCAUGGCCGGGAACUGAGGAUCGUCUGCAAGGUGUCGGGCCAGCCGCCCCCGAAGGUCACCUGGUUCAAGGACGACAAGUCCAUCAAUCGCAAGCGCAACGUUUACCAAUUCAAGCAUCACAAAAGACGUUCCGAGCUGAUCGUGCGCUCCUUCAAUAGUUCCUCCGAUGCGGGCAAGUACGAGUGCCGGGCCAAGAAUAAGGCCAGCAAGGCGAUCGUCAAGCGCCGCAUCAUGAUCAAGGCCUCGGCAGUUCUCUUUCCGUUGGACCAGUCGCGCAGCUCGGGCACCCCCUGUCACUUCGAAUUCUGCUUCCAUGGCGGCACCUGUAUGAUGAUCGCAGAUCUGAACGCGGUCUUCUGCAGGUGCCCAACCGAAUUCUUCGGCGAACGUUGCGAGAACAGUAUGCCCGACAGUAGGUACAGCAAUAGUAAUCCUCCCGAACCAUGCAAAAAUUAUCAUGGAGGUUAUUACUGCUAAAAUAGGCACUUCUAUAGCAUCGAUUGUUUUACGUCGAGUCAAACGCGAGUUAUGCACAAAACCGAAACCGAAUCAAAUCAAGCAAACCGAACUCAGUGCCCAUACCAAAAUAAUGAAUAACAUAAUAUACAAUAAAGUAAAGUAAAAUAAAAUAACACAACAGUACUACAAACUAAAAUAGAGCAAAGCAAAAACAACGAAAUUCCCAUUGCUAUCCUUCCACAUGAAAACUUUCUGCAGUACAGCUGAAAACAGAGAAAGUGAAAUAAACCAAAUAUAGUUGAUAAAUGAUAAAGCGACACAGCCACACCCAAUCACAUAGACAGAAAGUACAAAUACAGUAUGCAGAAUCGGACCCAAAUCUAUCCUCCAGACACCCAAUCACACACUCCACACACACACACCACACCCCCUACUAUCAGUCACUUUGAAAACGACGAACUAAAAGUUUUAUUAGAGAACACAUUCCAAAAAGAAACAAAGUAAAGUCUUAAUAACGAAAACAAAGAGUAAACAAAAUAAAUAACUAACCAAGUUGUUCAUAAUAUUUAUUAUUUUGUAAACUAAAAACCAUAUUAAGAGCAAUCAUUAAAAACGAGAAAAAUCAAAUAAAUACGAAUAAAAACAAAGGGUGCUAUAGAAGGUUUAUUUUAAAUAGUGUUUAAAUAGGAACUUAAUUUAAUUUCAACUCACUCAUCACACAAACCACACACCAACCAAAACCACAAGUAAAUGUAAAAAAACAGCAAAACAAAACAAAAUUAUCAAGCAACUUGGACGGACGGACAAGAGAACUGGCGGACGGACAACCGGACAACCGGACAUUUUACCCACAAAGUACCGAGAAACUUGUCGAAUCCUUUGGCUCAGCCCACAUUUACUCACCCCCACAACACAACAUGAAUAUCCAGAUUUACGAUAACAAUCAACAGAGGCUCUCUUAAGUUAGAUACACGAAUAUCCACACGCAUAAACGAUGGCAAGUUCGCCAAAAAAAAAA